AUGGCCUCCAACCAGCCAGAAUCCGAAAAUGACGAAUGGGUCAUGGUACCCAACGACAUCGAGUCGUCUCAGGAAAAAUCAGUACCCGAUGAUGGGGAAUGGGUGGAUCUGAUGGCUGAUUUCAAGAAGCUCAUCACCUCCGAAAGCAGCGAUGGCAGUGGUAUGGCCCGAGGAACUACUACGUCCGAGGAACCACCCCAACCCCCGACUGAUGCACUGAUGUCGGAUGAGGAAUACUUUAACAUAAUACAUUCACUUUGGCGCGACAUCUCUACUUCCCAUGGCACUGAGCUCCUCGAUAGAUUCAGCUAUGAUAUGAACAUUUUUCACAUGUUUCGCUACGCUUGGCUGUGCAGAUACACGGAGACCUUGCCAUCAUCAGCAUCAUCAGCAUCAGCAUCGCACCCUCAUUCCAAUUCUGUACCAAGUAUUGAUGUCGCUUUGAGAAGCCCACUUUAUCACCUCAAGAUACCCUUUUCUUUCUGGAGAAAAUUCUAG